CCGCAAUUAAAGGAGUGCUGGCAUUCCCGGCAUCAUUGCGCUUCCUUACAGCCGUCCCUGCUUUAAAAUCUUCAGGAAGUGCUGCUUUCCUCUCCGGUUCGCUGGUAAAUCGUUAUUUGUGUGAGGAGGCUGUGGAUGCCCCAUCCCUGGAGGCAUUCAAGGCCGGGUGGAUGUGGCUCUGGGCAGCCUGGUCUGGUGGUUGGUGACCCUGCACAUAGCAGGGGGGUUGAAACUGGGUGGUCAUUGUCCUUUUCAACCCAGGCCAUUCUAUGAUUCUCUUAAGCAUUCUGAUGCUGUGACGUGUCACACGUAACGAUCCCAUAAAUCUGAUGACAAAAGCCCUAAGAAUAAUGCCGUGAGAAGGGAGCGGAGCCACGCAGAGCUGCAGGCUGCAGGACAGCCACCAGGUCGCUGUGUUUGCUGUUACUGAUGGGAUGGUAUAUUUAGAGCGUGACUUCAACUUCUGAGCACAUUGAGCUGCUGUAUCAGUGUGGAAGGCUUCCUUUUAACGCAGCAGGUCCAAACGGUGUGUAAUUAUUAACUCUGGCUGUAUGGGCAUUUUAUCUGAAGUGAUUCAGCGUUGACGUGGCGCAGGCUUUGAUAAGAGUGUGGCUUUCACCUUUUGUGUGUAAUGAACCUUAAUGCAAACAGUGAUUGUGACAAUGGGAGCAGCUGCUCAGGCACAGAUCCUCUGCACGCUGUGGGUUUGGGAUGGAGGCUGAGCAGUGCGGUGGUGGUUUCAUGUGGGGUUUUUUCAGUUCCUGCACGGUGGUUCCGUGCCACAAGUCCAGUGUCAGUAUCUCCAAGUGCCAACCAUGUGCUUUGGUUGUACUCUCCCUUUCAUUAGAACAGCCCGACACAGCUGGGUUUGUCCCCCCAGGAGCAUUGAGGGAAUGAUGCCUGGUGUGGCCUUUGGCUUUGGUGGGCAUUGGGGUUUUCACUGUGUUUCAGUGUGGCAUGGCACUGCCUCCAGAAAAGCCAUGGACCAAAGCAGAGCAAAGCAAAGAUUAUUAUCUUAUUUUUUUUCUCCUCUAGGCUGGAAGCAGAGAACUUGUUGCGUUCUUAGUUCUUGGGGCAAAGGUUUUCCUGCUGCUCGGUCCAUUUUGUCCAGGAGGGAGGGGAGAGCAAACGAUUGGAGAAAGCGAUCCUCCUCCUCCUCUUUGCUUCAUUAAAUUCUCAUCCACAGAACUGACAGUGCUCGGUACGGCCGCACCGUGCUGCUGUGCAGGGCAAAGGAGUGGCACGGCUCCUGGGGAUCUGCUCCUGUCCGUGUGCGCAGCAGUGGGGCGGCACAGUGAGCACCUGCACAGCUGUGCUGCUGCGCUGCCGCCGACACGACUGCAUCCCGGCAGUCUUCUUGAGCUAAAAGGAUGAAAAUUGGCCAUUGUAAGGCCACUGUCACUCUGCUGAGCUUCAUCCCAACUUCUGCGUCCCAGCUGAUGUCUCUGGGUGCACAAGGCUAGCGGGAUGGUCGGCCACCGGCGCUGCCAUGUCGUCCCUGACGACCUCCAGUGAGGGACAGAACCCCACUCCGCGGUUUGUGGUCGGUUCCCGGGAUGAUGAGACAGACUUCCUGGGGUCAAACACGAAGAUGGAUGAAACGGACUUCUUUGAAGAUGAUGAAGAGGAGGAGUCGCCGCCUGAACGGCAGAUUGUCGUUGGAAUCUGUGCCAUGACCAAAAAGUCCAAAUCGAAGCCCAUGACGCAGAUUCUGGAGCGUCUGUGCAAGUUUGAGUAUAUCACAGUGGUGAUUAUGGGGGAGGACAUUAUUCUGAAUGAACCGGUGGAGAAUUGGCCUCCUUGUGACUGCCUGAUCUCCUUCCACUCCAAAGGAUUCCCACUGGAUAAAGCAGUUGCCUAUGCCAAGCUGUGCAAGCCGUUCUUGAUUAAUGACCUUGAUAUGCAAUAUUAUAUCCAGGACAGGCGUGAAGUGUAUCGGAUCCUUCAAGAAGAGGGAAUAGACCUGCCCCGCUAUGCUGUGCUCAAUCGAGACCCUGAUAGACCAGAAGAGUGCAACUUGGUGGAAGGAGAGGACCAUGUGGAAGUAAACGGAGCUGUUUUCCCAAAGCCGUUCGUAGAGAAGCCCGUCAGUGCUGAAGACCAUAAUGUGUACAUUUACUACCCAACCUCAGCAGGUGGGGGCAGCCAGCGGCUCUUUCGGAAGAUCGGCAGCCGGAGCAGCGUGUACUCCCCAGAGAGCAGCGUGAGGAAGACGGGCUCGUACAUUUAUGAGGAGUUCAUGCCUACGGAUGGCACUGAUGUAAAGGUGUACACCGUUGGGCCCGACUACGCCCAUGCAGAGGCUCGCAAAUCCCCCGCCUUGGAUGGGAAGGUGGAACGGGACAGCGAAGGGAAGGAGAUCCGUUAUCCUGUCAUGCUUACUGCCAUGGAGAAGCUGGUCGCUCGGAAAGUCUGCGUCGCCUUCAAGCAAACUGUGUGUGGGUUUGACCUCCUGCGGGCAAAUGGCCACUCUUUUGUUUGUGAUGUGAACGGCUUCAGCUUUGUGAAGAACUCUAUGAAGUAUUACGAUGACUGCGCCAAAAUCCUCGGAAACAUAAUCAUGCGGGAAUUGGCUCCUCAGUUUCAUAUUCCCUGGUCCAUCCCAACAGAGGCAGAAGAUAUUCCUAUAGUCCCCACGACUUCUGGCACCAUGAUGGAGCUUCGCUGCGUUAUUGCAGUCAUCCGGCAUGGAGAUCGUACCCCAAAGCAGAAGAUGAAGAUGGAAGUUAAGCAUCCCCGGUUCUUUGAAUUAUUUGAGAAAUAUGAUGGCUACAAGACAGGGAAGUUGAAACUGAAGAAGCCAGAGCAGCUACAGGAAGUGCUGGACAUCGCACGGCAGCUCGUGGUGGAACUGGGAACCCACAGUGACUGCGAGAUCGAGGAGCGGAAAUCCAAACUGGAGCAGCUGAAGAGUGUUUUGGAGAUGUAUGGACAUUUUUCUGGCAUUAACCGUAAGGUGCAGUUGACGUAUCUGCCUCAUGGACAUCCAAAAGCUGCAAGUGAAGAUGAAGCUCGCAGAGAGCCUUCCCCAUCUCUUCUCCUGGUGCUGAAGUGGGGUGGAGAGCUGACACCAGCAGGAAGAGUCCAGGCAGAAGAGCUGGGGCGAGCCUUUCGCUGCAUGUACCCUGGUGGCCAAGGUGACUAUGCUGGUUUCCCUGGAUGUGGCCUGCUCAGACUGCACAGCACAUACCGCCAUGAUCUCAAGAUCUACGCCUCAGAUGAGGGACGAGUUCAGAUGACAGCAGCGGCUUUUGCCAAGGGUCUGCUGGCCCUGGAAGGAGAGCUGACCCCCAUCCUGGUGCAGAUGGUGAAAAGUGCCAAUAUGAACGGUCUCCUGGACAGUGACAGUGAUUCUCUAAGCAGCUGUCAACACAGAGUGAAGGCACGACUGCAUGAAAUCAUGCAGAAGGAUGCUGAGUUCUGUGAGGAGGAUUAUGAAAAGCUAGCACCUACAGGUAGUGCUUCUCUGCUCAACUCCAUGACCUUCAUCCAGAACCCUGUGGAGAUCUGUAACCAGGUGUUCACCCUGAUUGAGAACCUCACCUCCCAGAUACGAAAACGAUUGGAAGACCCAAAAUCUGCAGACCUGCAGCUCUACCACAGUGAGACUUUAGAACUGAUGCUGCAACGCUGGAGUAAGCUGGAGAGAGAUUUCCGCAUGAAAAAUGGGCGUUAUGACAUCAGCAAGAUCCCUGAUAUUUACGACUGCAUCAAGUAUGAUGUGCAGCACAACUGUGCUCUGAAGCUGGAAGGCACAGCUGAGCUCUUCCGACUCUCCAAAGCCCUGGCAGAUGUGAUCAUACCACAGGAGUAUGGAAUUAAUAAGGAAGAAAAACUGGAGAUUGCUAUUGGCUUUUGUCUUCCUCUAAUUAAAAAAAUCCAGUUGGACCUACAGAGAACCCAUGAAGAUGAGUCUGUCAACAAACUACAUCCCCUGUACUCGAGAGGAGUGUUGUCACCAGGCCGCCACGUUCGGACACGGCUCUACUUCACCAGUGAGAGCCACGUGCACUCUCUGCUCAGCAUCUUCCGCUAUGGGGGGCUCCUGGAUGAGAACAAAGACCAGCAGUGGAAGAGAGCCAUGGACUAUUUGAGUGCUAUCUCAGAGCUGAACUACAUGACCCAGAUUGUUAUCAUGCUCUACGAGGACAACAACAAGGACCCAUCUUCAGAAGAGCGCUUCCACGUGGAGCUGCAUUUCAGCCCCGGUGUGAAGGGUUGUGAGGAGGACGGAAACGUUCCCACGGGAUUUGGCUUUCGGCCUGCCUCAGCGGAGAGCGAGGACAAGAAAGCAGACCAAGGCAGCCUGGAGGACCUCUCCAAAGAGAAGGGCGUGGAUGAGCCCGAUCGCGCCCAGCCAAGGUCUCCGCAGCCCUCUGAGCCCGUUGGAGUUCAGCGGAGAUCACCUCUGAUCAGGAACCGCAAGACGGGGUCAAUGGAGGUGCUUUCUGAAUGUUCUUCCAAAGGUUAUCGCCUCUUCAGCACUUACUCCAGGCAAGCUUCUGAGAUGAAGCAGAGUGGCUUAGGGUCACAGUGCACCGGGCUGUUUAGCACCACUGUGCUGGGAGGCUCCUCCAGUGCCCCCAACCUUCAGGACUACGCACGCAGCCAUGGCAAAAAGUUUGCCAGCAGCCUGACAUACAAAGACGAGCUCUUGUCUAUGCCAGCCGUAAAACGAUUUUCUGUGUCGUUUGCAAAGCAUCCGACUAAUGAUGCGUUUGAGCACCACCACGUUGCCCAGUUGCUGCGCCGUUUUUCCUCUGACUAUGCCACGAGCCGGAACAUCUGCCUGGAUGCCACCCUAGCCCAUCACCUCCAGCAGUGCUCCUACCACCUGCGCCUCUUCAGGAGCUGGCUGAUCUCAGGGCAGGAUGACUUGGAGUGUCUUUACGGUUUUGAAGGCUGUUCCAUGGUUCCCACCAUUUAUCCCCUGGAGACCUUGCACAACUCCCUCUCUUUGCGGCAGGUCAAUGAGUUCCUGACGGCUGUGUGCAGGAGUUGCAGUGAAUCUCAUGUUCAGUCUACUGCAGCUUUGUUUGAUUCAAUGAUUGGCAGCCAAAUACCAGGGGACCCCUUUAUGUCUCAGCGAAUUCUGUCAUCGUCCUCUUUCCCCUUGCGCCAGAGGUCGGAUAAGCCCCCUUGGUACAGCAGUGGCCCUUCCAGUACUGUCUCCAGUGCAGGCCCAUCCUCCCCAACCUCUUUGGACAGCUGCACUCGUUUCAACUUCGCUGAGAAACUUUCCGUCAGUCCCCCCAAAAAUGAGGAGCAGCUGAGUAGCCAGUCCCCUGAACAAGAGAGGCAGCCUGAUAGUGGAGGGCUUGGUGUGGAAGUGGGCAUGGCUGGGUUGUCAGUGACGGAGCCCAGCGCCCCAGAGACCUGGAGUAAGGACCCAGAGCCAGGUGUGCUCCCAGAACUGUGCAAGAAGGAGCUGGCAAAGGAGAACUCUAACCUGGAGGAAAAAAGUAUGGUGGAGGUGGAAGAAGAUUCAGCUGAGGAAAUGUUAGAUCUAAUUGACGUAGGGAAACCAAAGAGUGGUGCAGAGUCUGAGAUGAGGCCAGCUGGGGAGAGAGUGAAGCCAGAUGAGGGAGAUAUAGGGGUAAUGACUGGCCUGGAUCAGUCUUGGCUGGCCAAGAACAUCUUGGUGCCCUGUGAAGAGGAGCUUCUGGGAGAAGAGUUGGACCCAGAGAGUGUGAGUGAGGAACCAUUUGUGGGCUGCAGUGCUCAGUCAGACCAGCUUCUGUCUGGUCAGCUGUGUUGGGAACAACCGCUGCCUCUUGAGGAGAGUGUGGAGGGGCUGCAGCCACCAUGUCAGGAGGAUCAGCAGAACUAGCAGCUCACUGGACAGCACACUGUGAGCGCUUCUAGCCUGGAGGCAGCCUGGAGGCAACUUCCUGCACAGCACUUCAUGCAGAUGGUUGUCCACGGAACAAGCCAUGUCCCAAGUCCAUAGGACUCCAGGUUGCGGAAGAGUCUGCUCUGCUCCUACACAAGCCAGCUCUUUGCCAUCCAGCAAGAGACAAUACUUCAUCUGCCAUGUUAAACGAACAACAAAUGCACCUCCAUCGAGCAGGGAUGUGGCACUGUGUUGGUUCAGCGUUUCCCUAGGGCUGUAUGCUCACUGGGACAGUGGAGGAUUGGUAUUGCUGAGGCUUUUGGAGUGGUGAGUCCAGAGGAGACAAAUGCUCCCUGGAGAUUAGUAGGCCCACAGCCCUCAGGGAAGGCAUUCUGGGCUCAAAGUAAUCGGGUUCUUCACAACCGUCAGCCUCCUCUCUGUUCCUUCUUUCUCCUUCUCUUGAUCCCCACUACUGGCUGCCAAAAACUGAUCCAGAGAGGCAGUAGAGGGAAGAAUAGGAAAAGGAGAAAGCGUUCUGAGUGAGUUUGAGAAGGAGAGCAAUGGGAAGAACAGGUUCAAGACUGCUACUUGCAAGAAAAAAACCUCUCUCUGGAGUGGACUUGAAUGUUUUCCUGCUGCGCUGGGCUGACAGGAGCCAGGGAUCCAGCCAGAGAGAGGUGUGCAGGGAGGACACACACGGGUUUUUCUAGUCCCCAAGGGUCAUGUGAGGUAAAGCUUUGAACUCUUGGUGACAGAAAUUAAGAGAAACUGCUAUUUGAGCAAAUCAGGAUUAUUAGAAACCAAUAAGAAGAAAACUUUAUUCUAUAUAAAAUGAGAAAUAUUUAAUACAUAUUUAUGUAAAUGAGUUGUGAGCGCAAGCCUGAGGGCAACGUUGACACAGCAGUCCCUGCCGCAUCCUGAGGGCAGGACAGGGCUGUGCCUCUUGCGCCUCCUGUAUUUAUGGACAAGUCUGCGUGUUUGUCUGUAGCUACGAUAUAGGUUUUUGUGAAGCUCUGCCCAAAGAUCUCUGUGCUGUGUUGUGAUGUGUGUUCACAGUAAAUCUCUGCUGUGGG